GGAACACCUUGUCUCUGGCUUUGGCUCCACCAAACUCUCUGGAUCAUAUGUCUAGCAGCACUUCACUCUAAACCUGGACUCAGCGUACGUUGUGUUUUUGGAUAUUUUGGAAAUGGUUGAGGGCCCAGGCUGUACUUUGAACGGAGAAAAGAUCCGCUCAAGGGUUCAGAAAGGACAACGUGUCAAGGAAAUUCGUGGUGGAGCAACACCGACGUCGAUAGGACAUGUCAGAAGCUCGUACCAAGUCUUCGGUGGUUGCUCGUACACUGGGGUGGACACCUUGGGAAAAGAGUUGUUCCUGUACUUUGGAGAAAGGACGCUUAGGGUUCACUUCGGCAUGAACGGUUCUAUGCGGAUCAAUCCAACAGAGAGGAAGGACCAGAGGGGUUCUCUGCCUGUGCUGGUGGUCCAGCUCACCAAUGACUGCAUCUGCUUCUUUGACUCCACAGUGGACAUCAGGCUUACAGCUGACUGUGAGCAGAGGGUGCAUGCGAUGGAGAGUCUGGACGUUUGCUCACAGAAGUUCAGUGCGUCCCGUGCGGAGGAGGCGAUGAGAGCAGAGGGUGGCCGCAUGCUCUGUGACGUUCUGCUGGACCAGGCUGUACUGCCCGGCGUGGGGAACAUCAUCAAGAACGAAGCACUCUUCGACAGUGGCCUUCAUCCUGCUGUCAGGGUGUCCCAGCUGUCCAGUGAGCAAGUGCGCCAUCUGGUCAAGAUGACUCGGGACUUCACAUUGCUGUUUUAUAAGUGUCGGAAGACUGGCUCGGCCCUGUACAAGCAUUACAAAGUCUACAAGCGUCCUCAGUGUGGCCAAUGCAACAGGAGCAUCACAGUCUGUCGCCUAGGCGAUAACGGCAGGAUGACUUACUACUGUCAGCACUGUCAGAAAGCUGACCCAAACCUAUUGAACAUCAGCAAACUCCCCACCAGGAACACUCUGAUUGGCUGGGCUUACCAGGGAGGUGGGACCAAUGAUCAUGUAGCGAAGAAGGAGGAAGAGGAGUGGGCCUGUAACCUCUGCACCCUCAUAAACCGACCAAUCAGCAAGUCCUGUGAGGCAUGCCUGACCCCACGACCUGAGGUUCCACCCCCUGGCCAGCAGGAGCAGUGUGAUUCGUCAGCGUUCUCCCCGCACCUGAUUAAGUACCCGUGCAACUCCUUCAGUAAGCCUGCCCAGGAGCUGAAGCUGAACCGCCGGGCUGCAUUCGGCCACACCACCCUCGUCCUAUCAGACCUCAGCACAGCGCCCUCUCCUGCCCGCACCACCACAGCGCCGCUUACCUGUAACGGCAGCCCAGCGCAGGGUACCGCGUGGUCAGGUAGCCAUGGCAACGCCCUCAGGAGGGCAGGGUUGAUGACCGGUGCGGACGGAUCAUACACCCAGCCGAGUAAGCGUGUGAGAACAGACAGCGGGUCGAUUCUGGUCAGUCACACGGCGUCAAACUCCCAACACAGCCCCGUCAGUGCGCCUCCAGCCAAACGGAAACAGGACGGCCACUCCUCUCCUCCCAGAAUUCCUAGCUGUGCGUCUCACGGCCGGCCCUGCGUGCUGCGCGUGGUGAACAAAGAUGGGGAGAACAGGGGACGACAGUUCUACUGCUGCGCUCUGCCGCGCGACACCAAGUGCAACUUCUUUGAGUGGGCAGACCUGCACUUCCCCACCUGUCAGCACGGGAAACGGAGCCUGAUGAGGACGGUGCUGAAGCUGGGCCCCAACAACGGCCGCAACUUCUACACCUGCCCCAUGAGGAAGGGUCAGCAGUGCGACUUCUUCCAGUGGGCAGAGAAUGGGCCGGGAGUCGGCAUCCUGCCUGGCUGCUAAGACAACACACACACACCAAAAAAGCACCUACAGAAAGGCAUGGACAGUAUGUUUGGCUGAUAUGACACACACACCCACACACACACAAUCAUCUACAGAAACAUGGAUGGACAGUAUGAUUCUUUCCUCCUUCCCACACACUCACGUUUUUGUUUGCGUGUUUUCUGUUUCAAAUAAUGCAAUGAUGUUAAUUAAUAUUCUGCACUGUUAUUUUAAUCAGGAGGUGUCAAUCUGACCGAUCUUUGAUGCCCUGGGCAGUUCAGAGCACACAGCGUGAGCUGCCAUAUCACAAGAGUAGCACACAAAGCUCCCGUUGGGACUUAGCACUGUUGGCUCCAUUUAAAAUGCCAAACUGAAGGGGCGCAGGGUGGAACGGCCCCUCGUGUAGUGGUCAGACCAGCGUGGUGGCAGGUUGUCAUUCUGACAGAGCAAGACACACACACACACACACACUCAAAUAGUCACACACAUACAGUCUCACCCUUCAUUGGCCUGACUGGCAAUGUAUGACGUGCUACUGGUUGAAAAAGGACAAGCUUACAUACAGCAUGAAAAUUCUGCAAAACAAGGACACUUGACCCUCCUAAAAUCCCUGGUGUGGUUUUGGAUUCUGUGCAAACUCAGAUCAGUGUAGUUUCAGGCUUUUCAUCAACACACACACACACUUUUCACUGGACUGAUUAGUCAUUUGAGCUGUGCUACUGACUGAAUGGAACACAUGCUGGCAGACAUGUGGGCUAGAGCCUAGGCUGCCUGGAUGACAGGAGUGUGAAGGAUGCAGGAGAAAGACCCUGCAAAGAACCCUCAACCGUCCCGAAUAUUAGCGGACUCUCAGACUGAUCUGGCCCAGUGUGUGUGGGCCCUUGCCACACUCAUUGCAGUUGCAAUGGUAUCCUGAUGGAAGGCCAUCCAGCCUUCUCUCUUUCAACCAAACAUUGCUCAGGAAAGACGGGAGACUGUGUGUGUUUGAAAUAAUGAAUAAUGUAGCACCUCGAAAUGACGCAUCAUCAGCGAGGCUCAUCUGACAGCGCCCCGUCCUCUGGUUGACAUAUUUUAACCAAGUGCAUAAAUUCUGUACAAUUCAGAUCUCAUACAAAUAAAGCUGAAACUCAUUAGAUUA